AUACUUCUGUAAUAAACAUUUUAAUUCUUCUGAGUUAAAAAACGUAAACAAAAGAAAUAUUUACUAAAGAACUUUUAUUUCAACGUUUAAAAAAUGUCGGAUGAAGAAUUCGAACGAUUUGAAAUAACAGAUUACGAUCUGGAAAAUGAAUUUAACAUAAAUAGACCACGAAAACGUUACACAAAACACCAACAAAUAUAUGGCAUUUGGGCAGACGACAGUGAUAAUGAUGAUGAAGAACUUUCGAGCCGUAAAAACCGACGAAAUAAAAUUGCUGGCUCUAAGCAAAAAGAUUAUACAGCUCCAGUAAGUUUUGUUGCUGGAGGAGUUCAACAGGCAGGAAAAAAAGAGAAAAAUGAAGAUAAUGACGAUAGCAACCAAAUUACUGAUGAAGAAGAUGAUAGGCCAUCAUUUAGCAGAAAAGGUAUAGAAGACUUAGAAAAAAAUACGUCAAGUGAAUCUGAACCAGAAGAAGCACCAAGAGCAGGUUUUGGUUCAAAGAAAAAGCCAGCUCAAUCUUCUACAGGCAGUUUAGCUUCAUGGGAAAAGCACACAAAGGGAAUUGGUGCAAAGUUACUUUUGCAGAUGGGUUACGAACCUGGAAAAGGUUUGGGUAAGGAUUUGCAAGGUAUAUCAAGACCAGUUGAGGCUCACGUAAGGAAAGGUCGAGGGGCAAUUGGUGCUUAUGGGCCAGAAAAAGCAUCUAGUGUCCCAGGGCAACCGGCUCGUUUAGCUAUAGACGAAGACGUUAAAGAAGAAAAAGAAUUUAAAGAAAAAUUAAAUCAGUGGAAAAAAGGAUCAACGGAUAAGAAAGAUAGAAAAAAAAGAUACUAUUACAAAUCUGUUGAAGAAAUUUUGGAGAAAAGUAAAAAAGGUGGACCACAAUUUCCAGAUCUUUAUAGUAAAAAAUUAAGUAAUGUAACAGUAAUUGAUAUGACUGGUCCAGAAAAACGGGUUUUGAGUGGCUAUCAUGCUUUAGGACAAGCUAAAAUAGCAGAUGAAGAUUUAUAUGAAAGCCGACCAACUAAGAAAAAAACAAAUUUUGCUUUACCAGAAUUGAUGCACAAUUUGGAUUUAAUAGUUAAUAUGUGUGAACAAGAAAUUAUUGCUGUUGACCGUGCUGAAAGGGAUGCCAAUGAAAAACAGAAACAAUUGGAACAUGAAAAAGAAAAUUUAGAAAAAAUUAUUAAACUUGAACAAGAUCACAUUAAUAUCUUAGAAUCUGCCUUAGAAUUAGUUGAAAGUCUAACAAAUAACGAAAAUUUGACCUUAGAUGAAGCUGAAAAGUUAUUUAUAAGAUUGCAAACGGAUUACGCAGCAGAGUAUAAAGAAUUUGGUUUAGGGGAUUUAGCAGCUGGUGUUAUAGCUCCAUUAAUAAAUAAUGAAUUGAAAAAUUGGAAACCAUUGGAAGAGCCUACGAAACACGUUAAUAAAAUUAAAAAAUGGCAGAAUAUUUUAGGAAUGCACCAAUCCGAAGUCCGAAGCGUUUUUGAUCCUUAUUCUUCUAUAAUAUGGUCUGGAGUUGUACCACAAUUAAGAAUUUGUGCUGCAGACUGGAAUCCAAAAAUGCAUCAGCGAAUGGCUGCUUUAUUAGACACAUGGGCACCAUUAUUCCCCACCUGGAUUUUAGAUAAUGUUUUGGAACAAUUAAUAUUGCCUAAAUUAGUUACUGGCGUACAAGAAUGGGAUCCUUUAACAGAUACUAUUCCAAUACACAGUUGGAUUUUACCAUGGAAUGGUAUAUUAGGUCAUAAAAUGGAAGAAUUCAUAUUUCCUACUAUUCGUGAAAAAUUAGGAAAUGCAUUAACAGCGUGGCUUCCAAAUGACAGAUCCGCACGAGCCAUGCUACAGCCAUGGAGAGAAGCAUUUAAAUCAGCAGAGAUGGAAGCCUUUAUUGUUCAACAUAUUAUACCCAAAUUACAGCUUGUCCUAAAUGAACUUGUUAUAAAUCCAUUACAACAAGACUGGGAAUUAUGGAAUCAAGUAUAUGAAUGGAAUGAAUUAAUUUCGCCAUUAUUAAUGGCACAAAUGUUAGAUAAAUACUUUUUCCCAAAAUGGACACAGACUUUAAUUAUAUGGUUAAAUCAAUCUCCAAAUUUUGAUCAAAUAUCACAAUGGUAUACCGGUUGGAAAAGUUUAAUUUCCGAGGAUAUUAUAGCUCAACCGACUAUUAAGGAACAUUUUCGAAGAGCUUUAGAAAUGAUGCACAGAGCCACUCAACCCACCAAUAUAGACGGACAACCGUCUGUAUCAAUACCACAAAAUAUACCACCGCCACCUCCAAUUAUAGAGAAACCGCCCGCUUUAAUGGAUCUUCAAAUUUUACCACCACCACAAUUAGAAUUUAAAGAAUUGGUGUCACAAAAGUGUGCAGAGCGUGGUAUAAUUUUUGCACCAAUGCCUGGCCGAAGGGAAUUCGGAAAACAGGUUUACCGUAUUGGAAAGUUAUUCUGCUACAUUGAUAGAUCCGUUUUAAUGGUUAGUGACGGAACAUUUACAAAUUGGAUUCCCAUUUCUUUAGCUGUAUUAAUGGAACGGGCUGUUAGUGGUUAGAAGUAGUUUAGAAUAUUUUUAAGUAGAAAAAAUAAGUAACGAUUGUAUAAAUAAGAUUAUGGGAUAUGAAAAUAUGCAGAUAUAAAUCAUGUAAAAUGAAAACUUUUUAAAAUUAAAUAUAUCUAUGUAAUUAAAAAAAAUAUUUAAUGCUUUUGGAGAAUAAUCACCUUAAAUUAAUUUAUUCAUUUUUUUAUUUUUUUUGGUAUAAUUAUUAAAUUAAUAGCAAAUUCAUGAAAUUACGAGUAUAAUGAGAUUAAUUAAAAAAAUUUCGUUGUUAUUGUGGAAAUAUGCACAUAUUCAUUCGAAAUUUUCAAAAUUUUUAGUAUUUUUUUUUUUUAAAGUAAACAAGCUAUAUUAAAGUGACGAGGAAACUAUUCUUGUUAGUUUAAAUUAAUAAUUGUAAUGUCGUAGACGAAAUUUCAUUGUUUAUGUUGGUCAUUAUAAGUUUUCACUUUUUUAGGGGCAAUUGUUGAAAUUGCUUGUUUUUGUUCUUCCAAAACAUAAUCAUUAAACAUAUUGGCUAAAUGCCAUAACGCUAAUAAUGUUAAUACUUCACCAAAAUUUAAUGGUUCUUGAUUUGUAUCUGAUCGAAUGGAUGUAUUCUCAUUGCUACUCAAAU